AUGGCGGACGCGCGCUCGCAGAGCGGCGACGACGGUGUGCACGUCAACGUGAUUCUGCGCUGCCGGCCUGCCAACGCGCAGGAGACAGCCGAGCGUUCCGCAAAUGUCAUCCAAUGCAAUGAGGCGCUGCGGGAAGUUUUCGGCCCUGACUCGCUCCAGGAGAAGGUGUACAAUCAGGCGAUUGUGCCCAUCGUGCAGGAGGUUCUGGAUGGCUUCAACUGCACGAUCUUUGCCUACGGCCAGACGGGCACGGGCAAGACAUUCACGAUGGAGGGCGGGCCCCGCAACAGCGUGGACGGCAAGCGCUUGUCGGCAGAGGCGGGCGUCAUCCCACGCGCAAUCAAGCAGAUUUUCGACGCCAUCGAGUCCGACGAUGUCACUGACAGCAGCGUCAAGGUGUCUUUCCUGGAGCUGUACAAUGAGGAGCUUACAGACCUGCUGAGCGUGGCUGACGAGAAGGACAAGCGGCUGCGCCUGCUGGAGGACCGCAGCGGGGUGGUGGUGCAGGGGCUGGAGGAGAUGGUCGUCAAGACCUCGGCAGAGAUAUACCAGGUCCUGGACCGCGGCACCAGCAAGCGCCGCACCGCGGAGACCCUGCUCAACAAGCGCUCCAGCCGCAGCCACAGCGUGUUCACCGUGACGAUCCACAUGAAGGAGACCACCCCCGAGGGCGAGGACGUCAUCAAGAUCGGCAAGCUCAACCUCGUGGACCUUGCGGGCAGCGAGAACAUCAGCAGGAGCGGCGCCAAGGACAGCCGCGCCCGCGAGGCAGGCAACAUCAACCAGUCGCUGCUGACGCUGGGCCGCGUCAUCACGGCGCUGGUGGAGCACUCGGGCCACAUCCCAUACAGGCAGGCCAGGGGCGGCGGCGCCCAUGGGACUCAUCAGCCAACGCCAUGGAGCAGCACGACGGCUGUCCAUUGCAAUCGUUUUGUGGACUCCAAGCUGACGCGCCUGCUGCGCGACUCCCUGGGCGGCCGCACCAAGACCUGCAUCAUCGCCACCAUCGGCCCCAGCCUGUCGUUCCUGGAGGAGACCAUCUCGACCCUCGACUACGCGCACAGGGCCAAGAACAUCCGCAACAGGCCCGAGGUCAACCAGCGCAUCAGCAAGACGACGAUGAUCAAGGAGCUCACGACUGAGAUUGAACGCCUCAAGCUGGACCUGGUGGCAACGCGCGAGAAGAACGGCAUCUUCAUCAGCUCGGAGAGGUACGAACAGUACGAGCUGGAGCGCGCGCAGCUGCGGGAGAUGAUGGGCCGUAACAAAGCCGAGAUCGAGGCCAUGGCGACGCAGCACGCAGAGGAGCUCGAGUCCCUGUCGACGCGCGCGGCGGCCACCGAGGCGCUGCUGACGCGCAAGCUGGGCGCGGCCGAGGAGCAGCUGCGCAGCACGGUGCAGCAGCUUGAGGCCGCGCAGGCCGCGGUCCAGGAGCGCGACUUCAUAAUCAUGUCCCACCGCCGCAGCGAGCAGGCCAUCGCGGGGCACGCACAGGAGGUGACCCAAGACCUGGGUGAGGCGGCCUCAGAGCUGUCUGAGGUGUUCACCCGCCUCCGCGCCGCGCUGGACGUCACCGGCUCAGACAGGGAUGCGCUCCGCGUGAUGGCGCGCGACGCCGCCGUGCGCGCCGACGCGCUGCGCGCCGCGGUCGGCGCGGCGGUCGAUGCGGAGCGGGGCCGGGUGCGGGCGGUGGCUGCGCACGCGGCCGAGUUCAGGGCGCGGAAGCAGGCGGACCUUGAGGCGAUGCGGCAGCAGCUGCGCGGGCUCGACUCAAAAAUCGACGGCACGCGCGCCGCCCUCGACGCGGCGCUCGCUGCCGCCGCCGACGGCGCCGCAGGCGCGCUCGCUGCGCUCGCCUCGCCGCAGCGGGAGGCGCUCGAGCGUGCCGCGGGCGCCGCGGCGCUGGCGGGGCAGGGCGCGGGCGCGGCGCUGGAGGCGCUCGCGGCGUCGCUCGAGGAGCAGGCGUCAGCGGUCGCGGCGUUUGCCGAGGAGCAGGCUGCGGAUGCGCAGCGGGCGGCGUCCCUCGCGCGCGGGGCACUGGCGCGCGCGGCCGACGGCCUGCACGCCGCGCGCAGCGGGCUCGGCGGCGUGCGGGAGCUGUCUGGCGCGACGCUCUCUGCAGCAUCGGGCUCGCUGGCGUCGUUCGUGGAGGACUUUGACCGCACGGCCCGCGAGCGCGAGGCCGGGCUGGUCGCGCAGAUCGGGCAGCUUCUCAGCGGCUUCGCGGCGGAGCGGCGUCAGGCAGUGGCGGGCGCGGUGGAGGGCGUACGGCGGCAGCUGGCGGAAGGGGGCGCGGAGCUGGGGGCGGCGGCAGAGGGUGCGGCCGCCGCGGCUGGCGUGUGCGCCGGAUCGAUCAAGGGUGACGUGGCGGCAUACGACGCUGAGCUGUCAGCUCAACUGGGCGCCCUCCGCGCCGCCGCCUCCGACAUCGGCGCCGCAAUCGGCGCCGCCGCCCGCAGCGGCGCUGCCUCGACGGGCGCCGAGCUGUCGCGGCAGACGGGCGAGAUCAGCGCCCUGCUGCUGCGGCAGCGCGCUGAGCUGGACACGGCGGAGCGCGCCGCGGCGGCGGCGGUCGCCGGCGGCCGCGGCGCGGCUGCGCGCGAGCUUGAGGCCGGAGCGGCGGGCCUCCGCGGCGCGGCCGCGGAGCUGCUUGGUGUGGCCGAGGCCGCGGGGACUGCGGACGAGCAGGUGGCAGGGGCUCUGGAGGCGGCGGCGGGCGAGGCAGAGGUGGCGAUCGCAGGCUUCGGCGAGGAGCACGCCGAGGGCCUGUCCGCAGCCGCCGCCGCGCUGCAGGCGGCAGCGCGCAAGGCCCUCGGCCGCGCGCCGCCGCAGCUGCCGGAGCGCCGCGAGUUUGCGGUGCCCGGGGAGGGGCGCGUGGCGGAGCUGGCGUGCCCGCCGCAGGCCAUUCUUCUGGAGUACUUCAGGGGCGAGCGCGACGCCAUACUCAAGGCAAGCCGGGGGCGCCGCGGUCUGCGCCGUGGCGGCGACCCUCAGGAGAUCCUGCGGCUGCUCAGCCCCGGCGACGACGGCCAGGGCCCCGCCAGCACUAGCAGCGCCGCCGGCGACGAUGAGAACUCGGCACCCUCCCCCUCAGCGCGCAGCACUCGCAGCACGCGGAGCACACGCAGCGCGGGCGGCGCGGCGGCGGCGGCGGCUGGCUGCGAGGUCGGGGCGGCGGCGAACGCUGCGGCGGCGGCGGCGUCCAAGGGGCUGGGGCGGCGCAGCCGGAUCCCGGUCUAUAACAGCGCCGGGGCGGGCGACGGCAGCGCCAGGGCCGGGCUUGCGGACAUGACUAACCAAGAUUAG